AUGGGUGAAAUGGAGCAGCUGCGUAAGGAGGCGGAGAGCCUGAAGGAGCAGAUUAGUACGGCGCGCAAGGCAGUCCACGACGUGACCCUGCCAGAGGUCGUGUCUGGGACAGCCGUGGUUGGGCGUGUCCAGCUGAAGACCAGGAAGACACUGAGGGGUCAUCUGGCCAAGAUCUACGCUAUGCACUGGGGCACUGACUCCAAGUUGUGCGUCAGUGCAUCGCAGGAUGGAAAGCUUAUCGUGUGGGACAGCUACACCACCAACAAGGUACAUGCCAUUCCCCUCAAGUCAUCGUGGGUGAUGACCUGUGCUUAUGCCCCAUCUGGCAACAUGGUGGCGUGCGGCGGCCUGGACAACAUGUGCUCCAUUUACAACCUCAAGGGCAAAGACGGCAACGUCAAGGUCAUGCGAGAGCUGGCUGCUCACACAGGUUACCUGUCCUGCUGCCGCUUUCUGAAUGACAGUGAAAUCAUCACCAGCUCCGGUGACUGCACCUGUGUGCUGUGGGACAUCGAGACGGGUACACAGAAAACCGUGUUCACCGGCCACAUGGGCGACUGCAUGUCCCUCGCCGUGUCACCCGACUUCAACAUGUUCAUCUCGGGGGCCUGUGACUACACGGCCAAGCUGUGGGACAUCCGGGAGGGUGCCUGCCGGCAAACCUUUGCGGGCCAUGAGAGUGACAUCAACGCCAUUGGGUUCUUCCCGAACGGAAACGCCGUGCUGACUGGCUCCGAUGAUGCCACCUGUAAGAUGUACGACCUGCGGGCUGAUCAGGAGCUCAUUACCUAUCAGGACCCCAGCAUCAUGUGCGGCGUUACCUCGCUGGCACCAUCCCUGUCCGGCCGCCUCAUUCUGGCCGGAUACGACGACUUCAACUGCAACAUCUGGGACUCCCUCAAGGCCGAGAGAGUGGGGGUGCUGGCUGGGCACGACAACAGAGUGAGCUGCAUCGGGGUGACGCCUGACGGAAUGGCAGCCUGCACAGGAUCCUGGGAUAGUUUUCUGAAAAUCUGGAAUUGA